AUGAAGCUACGGAAACUUUUCGCACAAUGGUCAUAUUGUGCUCCCCAACUGAACAAGUGUCCUCCAGGGCCGCAAGGUCCGCCCGGUCAAAGAGGAUAUGAUGGAGAAGACGGCAUUCCGGGCCAACCUGGAAGCGAUGGAGCAAAUGGAGUUGCUCUCAUUGCGUACCAUCAGAAAGCACCUGGAUGUAUUCGUUGCCCUGUUGGACCACCAGGACCGCCAGGAAACGCUGGAUGUCAAGGAGAACAGAACAACCAAAAAUUGCAGGGUUCGCCUGGUCCUCCCGGUCUUAAAGGAUCUAGUGGAUACCCUGGACGACAGGGGCCGUGCGGUUUGCCUGGAGACGCUGGCCUAAUCGGACCAUCUGGCUUACCAGGUCUACCUGGACAACCCGGUAGUCCCGGCAUGAUUAGAAUAGGUGUUCGUGGUCCAAAAGGAUUGCCGGGCCAAUUCGGUCCACCAGGCAUGCCUGGACCUCCAGGGUACAGUCCCCCGCCAGGCCGUCCUGGUCUCAUGGGUCCUAGGGGGCCACCAGGCAGAGCCGGAGAACAGGGACCUGCUGGGCUACCUGGAUACCCUGGAAGACCAGGAAUUCCAGGACAGGAUGGCGAGUAUUGUCCUUGCCCUCCUAAACGUGGAACCUACCGUCCAUCAACCUAUGAUUAUUAUGUGGGUCAAUCCAGUGGAAUCAACGGCAGAGCUAAACAGGGUUACGAUAGAGGACAAAUAAGUGCAGCCGAAUACCGAAGAAGCGUUUUAACAGUAAAAGAAAUUGACAGUGUCUCAACAGUGAUAAGGAUACUGGUAAUGGCAUCGACUCAAUCGAAGCUAACGGAUUCGUUUCAGAGUGAUCGCUCGGAUGCUGCGGCGCCGACGUUUGCUGUCUCAAAAGAAACAGAUGUAGUUCAAACUGAAUACCACUCGAACUAA